UUAACCUUGCACCGACGACCACUCCGACUCGUUGACUCCACGUCACUAUGGCAACCCUUGACAUUCGGGAGUCAGUGAGCUAUUAGCGACAACUGGAGCGGUGGCUUUGCUAAUUCACUGCUCACGUCUGUUUUUAACUUUUAUUUACAGUUAUGUCGGAUGUAUUGUGCAAGUGGUUGAACGAAGAGCUGCGUCUGUCGAAAUAUGUCGAUCCAAAAACAUUUGCGAAGGAUUUUUCCAGUGGGUAUUACAUUGGCGAGGUUCUGAAUAAAUACCAUUUGCAGAAUGACCUUCAUCUGUUUACAAAGAGAAGCACGGCUGUGUCCAAAGUCAACAACUUCAGACGUCUUCAGCCAACACUUCAAAUUUUGGGGAUCUCUCUGGACGCAGACACCGUUCAAGGUCUAAUGCAGGAGAAGCACGGGGUUGCUACUCAUCUCCUCUAUAGACUCUAUGUCGCACUCCAGCAGAAGAAGAAAGCAGAGGUUUACUGUCUGAGCAGCAACAACAUCCUGACUCCUGCCACCGUUCAUGUGCCGAAACCACCUCCGUACACCACACUGCUCAGCAUGAAGGCGAAGCAGAAGCAAGAUCGGCGAGAAAUCGAAGCAGAGAGAGUCCAAGCUGAAAUAGCACUGUUUGAGAACAACAAGAAGAAACUGGUUCCGACUGGGUUUGCGUCCAAUUCAUUAGUUCCGGGCUGUGAGACUUCCAAAAAUGGGCUUAAGGUGAAUUUUCAGUCCAACUCCCGGUACAUUCAGGAGAUCCGCCAGAGACUGAAGGAGAAUGCCAUCGAUAAUGAGCACAGACAGAAAAGACGAGACAGAUUCCUGGUGAAGCAGCUGAAAAGUCAAGAGGUUCAUCAGGAGAGGCAACGUGAAGAGCAACUGGUGAGACGCCUGACUCGCCAGACUCAACAAGAGCAACGCUUGGCAGUGCAGCUUCUUCAGAUCCGUAUGCAAAAAGAUGUCAUUCGGGAGAACCGCCUUUUCAGAGAGCGUCAGUACCAGGAGCAGAGAGAAAAGGACUUCCAGGAUGCUCUGGACAGGGAGGCGGCUUUGGUUCAACAGGCUAAACUGGACCACGCGGAAGAGAUCAGACUGGAGCUCGAUUGCUGUAAAAGGAUCGCUGUGGAGCGCGCUCAGAACAAACGCAACAAGUUCUUUAAUAACUGCAGAGAGAUUUUGGGGCAAAUAAUCGAUCUGGCCACCAAGGUUUCAGAGUUCUGCUCUCUCACUGGAACUGCUGUUCCAGCCAAGAUGAUGAGAGAGUGGCGGGAGUUAAUGAUGAACGACCUUCCUCUGUAUGAGGAGGUUACUGAGGACAGCACUCAGCCGCCUGAGUUUGAGUUUCCCACGCUGGAUGAAACAGAGCUGAAGAAGCUGGAGCUCCUCAACAACCAGGACUACGAUGAAUACAUUGCAAUGUCAGGAGAGUGGGCGUGGUCAGCAGAAGCUGGGGAUCCUUGUCAACCUCCAGCCAACAACAACAUUCUUGGACACGUUGUCGCAAACCUGAAGAAACUUGUGGAGCCCCCUGCGCACGAGCAGUCCAAACCUAAAUAUCCCCACUUCAGGGUCAAGGCCUGCAUGCUGGGCAAGUUUUGCGCCGGGAAGACAACCUGCCUGACUACACUGGCCAAAACGCAUACCCUGCAUGUGCUCUGUGCAGAGACGUUGAUUAAGGAAGCUCUGAUGACUUUCCUUAAUGUUGCAGAGGAGAUAGAGCAACUGGAAGAGGCAAAGGGAAAGCCCAGUACAGCGAUACAGGAACAAGUGCGUCAAGAAGAACGACUAAACUUCCUGCUAACUAAGCAAGUGAUACUGGGAAGAGCUGCUGACAGGGAAAUGAGAGAAGGCCAUCCUGUAUCUAAUGAACUUGUGGUGGACAUCAUUGCAGAGGCUAUCAGGCAACUUCCAGCUGAGUCAGGCUGGAUCCUGGAUGGGUUUCCAGUGGAUGUAGACCAAGCUCAUCUCCUGGAAGAUGCCAUCUCAGGAACUCCACCGUCUAAGAAUGAAGUUGUGAUCAAGAGGACUGACCUCGCCAUCGAUCCUAAUCCUCCGAAGCCUCCGCCGCCCCCACCUCCAGCUUUUGACUUGAUCGUGCUUCUGGAAAUUCCCGACGAAUGUGUUGUCAAGCGGGCCGUGAACAAACCCGGGCAUGAUACAAUGAACACUGACAACAGUCUGCUACCAACUCAGAUUCCUCACAGGAUAUCUGCUUUUCAGGAAACCUGGCCUGCGCUUGAAGAAUGGUUUGGUACCAAACAGAAUAUUUUACACAGAAUAAAUGCAGAACUCAAAAAGAAGGAUCUGUAUAAGAAGGUGGAGACCAUUUUUGUGCAAAUUAUGACGCAAAAACAUCUGGCAAAACUUGCCUUAGAGGAGAUGCACCGCGACCACCAGAAGUCACCCGACAGCAUGUCUAGCUACUCAUCUUCAUCUUCCGACUCCCCGGGCCACACAAGACAUGAACAUGGACAUGCAGACUCCCACCACGGCCAUUCUAAAGAGGGUCAUUCCCGAAAUGCGAGCCACGGCUCAAACCAUGAUGACUUACCAAGCAGGGAUCAUGGACAUGCCAAAAACAUACAUGAAUCUUUCCAUCCUGGGUCAGCAAGCUGGGUUUAUGUGGAUGUACCUCUGCCCCCGGAGGUUCCAAAGUUCCUUCACCAUCACUGGGCUGCCGUUUGUGAAGCCUAUGUGACCAACAUUCAGAGGGCAAUGCAAGAACUGAGGACACAGCGCACAGUGGUUAACCGUCACAUCUAUAACAUCAGAGAGGAGUUUAAGCAUUACUUGGGACGCCCCGACCUCAAACAGGAAAUAGUGUCUCAGUGGCAGAAGGAUUUCAACAAUAUGCCGGAUGAUAUGAGAGAUGAUGAUGACACCAAAGCUGAGCUCCAUCAGCGUUUAGAUGAACUAAGGGAACAGUUAUGGGAAAUAAGUGACACACGUAAAGCUGAGAACGAAGAGGAGUGGACCACUCUGAUGCUGGAAGGCUGGUUGGAGGAUCACACGGCAUCCAUUAUUAACCAUCACUCCAGAGUCACACAGGUGGAACUGAACCGCUUUCAGGACACCCUCUGUAUUCUCAGGGAUUAUUAUUUGAGCAUGUAUGGGCAGGUGCCGCCGGCACCCCUCUUCGAUUGGGCUUGCAUUCCCCUCAUCGUCAGACCUGAGUUCAUGAAAUUAGAAGAGAGCACUGCCGAAACAUCUGAGGGGUGUCCAGAGGAGAAGAAAAAACAAACAGAAAGUUCCUUUCGGGUAUUUAAAUUCACAGGAGACGACCAAAUGGAAAUAUUAAAAACGCUGCAUGACAAGCUGAAGACAGAUCAUGAGGAGGCGCUCUCAGCUAUCAACAAAUUGGUGUCGUCUGUGCUGCAUUUGGGGGUGUCAGAGAUUAAGGAGCAGAAGGAAGUUCCCCAUUUGUCUCCAACACAUGAUCCGCAUAAAAAGCGGGACACGCCAUCUCCCACGCUCACCGGCAGCCCAACACACGACGAGAAAAAGAUUUCACCUCAUCAUGACAAAAUCAAGAAUAAAGAAGUCCGUAAUAAAAUACAUAAGGAGUACAAAGCUGGGCUGAAUCAUGAAGGACAAUCAGCGAAGGUGCGGAUCGCUCUGGUGAAAGGUCACGGCCUGGUCUUGGUGGAGUCUUUAAAAAACAGAGCCAAACAGAUCUUUGAAAAUAUGAAGGAGUGUCUGGAAGCCCAUUAUCUCGCAGAGAUGAAGAGCAUCAAUCAGCUGGCACUCGUGGUGCGGCACCACAUAGAGUCUGGUGCAAAACUCCAGAACGAAAUAGUGCUGGAGUGCACUGAUUUCUACAUUGAUGGAGACUGUCAGGUGUUGGCUAACGCGCCUCCACCUCCUCGUCCACUUCCCCUUGAAAAAGCCAUGCAGUCCACUCUGACUGUGGUUCAGCUGGAGUCACUGUAUCAUAACUUUCGACAUGUCGCUCCAUCGGGCUUCCUUUCGAGUUCCGACUUCUUCCACAUGAUGAGGGACAUUAUCUCUAUUAACAUUGGGAUGACCAGCUUUCCUGACACUUGGACCACCAUGACUGAUGCUCAGCUCUCAGAGAUCACCGUCAUGCUCACAGAUGAGUAUGAGCUCAUCGACUGGCGUCAAUUCCUGCUCAGUGCUGCCCUCCCCUGGCCCUUCCCAGGAGCUGCACAUCUACUGCUCGUGCUGCAACGCUUCACUGAAGCUGAUACCCAUGACACUGGCUUCGUCACAAAAGAGCAGUUUUUAGAUACUGAAUUAUGGUUCUCCAAUGAGAGUGCCCAGUCUGCCUCUGAGGAUCCUCUUGAACCCCUGCCUUAUGAUCGCCUGGCUAACCUCCGCAAGUUCUUUUUCCAGCUAUUUGCAGAACACUGUUGUUCCUCUGCUCCCCGCCUGGACUACAGAAACAUGCUGCAGUACUUUGCAACGGACCCAAAUCCAAAACAAGGCUUCAUCAGAGCCCUCAGUUUAAGAAUCGGGAAGUCUCUUAGACAGCCACUCUCCAGCCAGCUUGUUAUGUCCAUGAACAAUCUGGAAGAAUCAUCGGAGUUCAGCUCCUCGGAUUACAUCGGGGAGUGCAUUGAGAAAAUAACGCCGUGUGCAACCAGCAAUUCAGCAGAGGAGGAGCAGCUGGUGUCCAUCCCAUGUCUCCUCUCCGUCAUUUCCCACAAACUUAUCAAGUCCAGAGACUCUCUCAUCCCUCCUGGCUGCAAGAGUUUGGAGCAGAACACUGAGUACCUGGAGAGCGUGUUCAUCGAAAUGGGCUUCAAACCCGAUGACUACGUGCCGUACUCCAUCCUGUCUCAGCACCCGGCGGUGGAGGAGCUGAUGGAAGGGUCAUUACAGCACCAGCUCAUAAAUAUCCACAGAGUGCUGCAACAACCCAAUCAGGACGAUUCCGAGGGAAGUCCUACCAUAGACUGAAUAACACCACAGUAGUGAUUUGAACUGAUGUCCCUCCACACAACUGAAGCUUAUAGGAAACAUGGAGCGGGUUCUUCUGUCUCAUUACUGGAUGACAGGGUCAGCGGGUAAUGAAACGCUCGCCUGAAAGCCAGGAGAGGUCAUCAUGAGGGGGUCUGCGCAGAGGAGGAUCUGCGGACGCUGAGUAACACCCACCAGAAACCAAAGAUCGGAAGGAAUUUACCGCCUUAUUUUAAUGACAAGCGCUUUGAUUCUCUCCAAUGAGGUUCUGGAAUCAAUCGUCACUUCUUUGAGGCUUCUAUACUCAAUUCUGACCGGAGAUGCUGUGCUAGAGAAAGCAAACAUAGUUGUCAUUUACCUUCAUGAGGAAGUCCACCAAGCUUCUCACAUCUGACACACGUCUGGGUCCAGGUGCUGGACCUGCAAUAGAACCUCUACCUCAACCAACCGACCUGAGCGGAAAGCAAUCUUAAUCUAUGUAGGUUAGAUUACAUCGCCUUUAUUUGUCCCACUGUGAGGAAAUGUGACAAUGAAUUGUGGAAUUAAUGGGACUUUAUUUCGGUUUUCUAUUGCUCAUGUAAAACAACUCCUUUGGAAAAAUAACUGAAUGUUCUGUGUGAAGUCUGAUAACAUUGUCUGCUGUAAUUGUACCAGUUUUUCCAUGUGCCGCCUCUUUUUAACGCUUUAAAAGUUGUCAUUUUAGCACUAUGUUUACUCAAACCCAAUUGUCACUUUACUUAAAUCAGUCACUGCAAAAGCAAAAAAAAAAGUCCCAUGAAAUAUAGAUAAAUAAAUUAAUUUUACCGAUUAAAAUCACCGAUCAUCCAGGACGGCCAGGACUGACCCUGGUGACGUGUAGCAGAUACACUCCAGCAGUUCUUCUGACUCACUUGUUAUUCUAAUGACCCCUCGGACACAGAAUAAGACUGGAUGGAGUCCACAAUGAGUGCAUUGUCCAGGAUAACCUACAUGUCAAGCCUGAGUUACCAGCAACGGCUACACGAAGCUUCCUCAACUCCAUUGUUGUGCAGUUAGUGAGGAUGUGCUCCGCUGGUUUCUCCAUUGAACAGUCGCCGCGGCUUCUCCAGCAGUCAAGCCAAUAAUCAAACCAAUAUUGACGCACACCAGAGAGGUCAAUUCUGGUCAAUUCUGAUGUCUUCGGUGACCAGCAAGCUCAUGUUUUUCUGUCUACUAAAAUGAAAAAGAUUUCAUGACCCCGAGUGACCUCAAGUGUCCAUCCUUCUAGAUUGGAACAAGAACUUUGAGAAGUCACACCCCCUUUUCUCCGACCUCCCGCCCAGCUUGUUCCCUCCCUUUUAGCAACAGAGCGGGUCCACUUCUGGACCUUAAGGUUUGUGAUGCUGUGAAGAAAUGGAGAGGUUACGGGCGUAGCGCUCUUUUUAUGCAGGAUGUUUUUUUUAAUUUUCACCCUGAUCCUGUGAAGCACGCAAUGAUGCCUCUGUUUCUCAGCUGAUUUACGAUUCACGUCAUUUACAUUUCCACCGUCAGUUUCUAUCCUUAAAGACAUUUUGAGGGAUUUUCUCAGACUUUGGGCUGCUUCAACAUGAGGCUUGUAUUUUGGACGAGUUCUCUUCUGGCUCUUCCUCUAAUCCAAGCUGCCAAAAUCCUGACUGUCUGCCUAAUUGGUGAGUAGGAGACUGUGAUGAGCAUGCAGUACUUGUAUGUUAUUGUCACUGACACUGUUCAAUUAAAAGGACACUGUUUAGUAUCAGAGUUAUGUCUAUGAGUGGAAUUAAAUCACUAUUUUCCCUUUAAAUUUACAGUUAUUUUUAGCUAAAUGUUGAAUCAGAUUUUAUCAUUUCAAUCUUCUUUUAUUGGCUUAUAACCUAAAACAGAAAAUACUUUUUUUUAAAGAGCUUUGAUACUGUGAAACAAGAAUAUUUGCAAAAAAUAUAGAAUAUAGUGUCCAAUAUACAAAAUAGCAGAUACAUAGGCAACACAUUUGACAAAAAUUAAAGUAUUCUUUUCCCAUAAUAUACAUUUUUUUUCCUAUUGUAGAAAUGUAUAGUGUGACAUACCACUUUUUUUCAAAAAAGUUGAUUUGCAUUUAUUUUAUUUUAUGUUUUUAAUUUUUUGUUACUUAUUUCUUCCUA